AUGGUAACUAGCUCAAGUACCUCAUCAGCCCAAGCACCAUCUAAUGAAGUACACGUCCGUUAUAAUGAUCAAACCAUUACUUUCAAUCGAGAAUGGUUAAAUGGCGGGGGAGUAAUUAAUGUAGAAGAUUUGAUAGGAGUUCUUAAACCAAAGUUGAGAAAGUUUAUUGAAAAGGUAUCAGAUAAAGUCAUCACCCUUCAUCGCGGGGAGAAUGAAGUCUUGGGUUCGGAAACUCUUAUCUCUGGAUUAUACAACACGGAAAAUCAAGCGUUGCAUGUUGUAGUUGAUGAAACAUUUCUUAUAAACUUAAUUGUGAAAGUACCUGGGAAAGAACUUCAUUUUCAUAAUCAACGCAUAAGUUCACUUAAUGACGUUAUUGCAUUCACUAAAAGAGAGGAGUCACUUGCACAAUUUAUCACUUACAAUACAAGUUUCCUAGGAGAUGAUAAACAAGCUCUGGAUCAACAACAUGUAGCGACGGCACGAGAAUCUGGUACCCUGAACAUUACUUUAUCUAGUCCAAAUACCAUAGAUACUGGAUCUGAAAUUCACAAAGAAAAUCUCGAAAAAGCAUUUAAUGUAGAUUAUGUGGAUCAUGAUGGAAUGAUAAAUAAAUUUCUGAUUUAUCUAAAUCGUAAGCACAAAACUUGGAAUAAUAAUACCAACCAUUAUGUUCCAUAUACUACGAUAUUUCAAAGUUCCGGAUAUGGAAAAUCGCGACUGAUUAAAGAAGUGGCUAAACAAAUACCCACAAUUUAUCUUUGCCUCCGGGACAUAACAAGUACUGGAUAUCCCCCACGUACAAGUGCUGGCGCAGAUCUAUUUGAACGAGUGAAUAAAGAUUUAAAGGAAGGAGAAGAGUGGAGAUUUCUCUAUAUUUUGCAGGCUAUUAUUGAAUGCUUCAAUGAAGAAUUAAUAACAUGUGGUUGUAACACUCAAAAAUUUUGGGAUAAACAGAUGGAUGCUUCAUUUUGUGAGAAAGUAUGGACCAAGAUUCAAGGAAGAUCAAAAAAUUGGAGAAAUAUACUUGAGAGUGAAGUAAAUAAUAAAUGUGACUUCAUAACUAAGAAUAAUCCAAGUGAUAAUGUUCGUUUUUUAUUUUGCAUUGACGAGGCUAGAGCACUUAUUUCACCAUCUAAGGGGCACAACAUUUCCCCUUAUAGAUUGUUUCGCAGGGCGUUGAGAAAAGUAAAAUGGAAUGGGUUUUUUACCUUACUUUUGGGUACACUAAGCAGGAUAUCAAAUUUUGUGCCACCUAAAUCUUUAGAUCCAUCACAUCGGGAUAUUGAUGACUUAUCUCUUGAAUUAUUCUAUCCAUAUUUUCGGCUAACCACAAUGGAUGCUUUGCAUAAAAAUAAUUCUGAAGAUGAGCAUAUAAAUUUGGCUAAAUAUGGUCGUCCGUUAUAUAUGUCAUACUUGCAAAGUUGUCCAAAUGACCCUCAAGCCAUUAAUAACCUUAUGAAUCUUCUCAAGCGAAAGCUGCUCGGAGGUGCAAAUCAUUUUGAAAAUAGUCGGAAAGAUAUUAGUAGCUUAGCAAUUUUAUCAUCUUUGAUAGGAUUAGAUAUCUCACCACAGUCUCAAUUGGCCUCAGAACUUGUUGCUUCACAUAUGGCUACCUGUCUUGCUGUAUCAGAAGAUAGAGAACAGUUAAUUAUUGUUUAUCCUUCUGAACCCUUACUAUCAGAGGCUGCUUUUGAAUUACUGUCUACUUCAGCAUUAUCGCAAAUAUUAAAUCAGUUUAGCACUUUACUUAAGAAAGGUAUUGUGGAACCUGAUCCCCGAGGAGAGAUUGUUGCACGAAUUAUUCUUGUUCUUGUGGCUAAUAGAUUGAGAUCACGAAAUAAUAGAGCAGAAAACAAUAUUAAAGAAUUUCUCCGGGAGCUUUAUAAUGAUAACUCUUUACCAAGUUUUAAUGGAAUUUCACAGGAACUGCUUGAUGGAACAGUUGCAUUUACUCAUUUUAACACAAUUGAUUAUAUACCAGAAAAGAAAAAUUUAAAACAGUUUUAUAUGAGAAGAUGUGCUUUUGUUAUGAAACGAAAUAAUCCUGGUGCAGAUAUUUGUAUUCCUAUCAAACUAACGACUGAAGAAUAUAGUGUUAUUCUUAUUCAAAUCAAAAAUAUUAAAGAUCAUAAGUUUGAUGAUAAAUAUCCUGCCUCAGCUAGAUCUAUGUUUAAUUAUGGUUAUGUAUUUAAAAAUUCUGAUCUAGAAAAAUAUAAUAAACCAUGUGUUUGUUUAUAUUGGCAACUUGGUUUUCAUGGACCUGGACAUUAUGCACAAGAUCCUGGACAAAUUACAGAAACUCGUCGACUGAAAACUGAUAAUUAUCAAACACUAUCUUUGUUUUGGGCUACUUCUGGAUUUAAUCAUUUUAAAAUAAAUGAUGAUAGGGUAUCCAAGAUUCUUCAAGAUAUUUUAGCUUCUCAUAUCUCACCAUUUAAUGCUGAAUGGAAAGUUAAUAAUGUAGAUGAAGGAGAUAAUUGGGAGGAGAAUGAAAUAAAAAUUAUGCAUCCUCUUGGAUAUAAUUAUGAAGGGUAUAAUUAUGAAAGUGAAAAUGAAAAUAAUGAGUAA